GAGACAAAAAGUAUUCACUUUUUAAAAUGAAAAGGUCUAUAUCAAAACAAUAAGAUAACCUGACGGAGCAGUCACAAGCUCACAGCACGAAUCCAUAUAACAAGUGAAACUCGAGUGGAGAGUGUAGCAGAAAAGACGACUAUCUGGGCGAGGUCGUUGCGCACUUUGUACUGCGCAUAGGGCUAUCUUUUGUAAACAAUGUUAAAAAUUGCUAUUAAUUUAACAAAAUGACGCGAGUGUGCUGUGUGGUGCAAUGCGGCGUCAAAUCGGGAAACCAAGAAAACCGCACGGCUUUAUUUCAGAUCAGUAAUUCCGAUUCAGAAAGUUACAACCGGGUUUUGAAUGCCGUUGGGUCCCAUCUGAAACAAAGUAAAUGUCCGCCAAAAAACCUAUUUAUUUGCGAGUUACAUUUCGCAGAAGAAUGCAUUCUUCGAACCGAUAUAAAUGUUAUGACAGAUGGAUCAGAACUGGUUGUGCCACGCAAAAGACCGCGCUUGAAGAAAAACAGCGUUCCGACGAUUUUUCCUGAUGUGGCAGUGAUAAAAAAACGACUGAAGCAAGGAGCUGUUCCUCAAUUUUUAACAAAUCAGGGACAAAUUAAAAUGGAACAAGACAUACCUUUCGAAUUAGUAAUAGUGAAAGAAGAAAAGGUAGAAGAAAUGGAUUCAACAGAACACCAACAAACUAAUAUUAAUAAUGUUCUAUUGAUUAAAGAAGAAAAUAUAAAAAUUGAACAAGAACUAGAUUCAGAAGUGAUAGUCAAAGAAGAAAACGUUGAGGAAACAUGAGGACAACUAAGAUCUUUUUUUUU